AACAAAAUGGCCGAAACCCAGGCGGAUUCGAGCGUCGAUCGCGACGGAAUGGCACGGAAAAACAUGAUAAAGAAGGCUAAAAAGUCUUUAAAGAGUACCCCGUCAUCAAAGGCUUCUGAUACAGGAAUGACACAGCCUUCAUCAGUCACAAAACCCAAAUCAGCUGCCAGCAAAGAAGCCAGUCCAUCUUCAAACCCUAAGAAGAAAAAGAUGAAGAGGAAGUCAGCUCCGGAAUAUUUCAACAGAGAAGUUAAAAUUCCCAAGACAUCGAAGGACGGUGAAAAUUCUCAGGAGGAUGCAGUCAUACGAGACGGGGGAACAAAACCAACUUCAGAGCAACACACUGAAAAACAGAAGAAGGAGGAAAUGCGGCGCCUGGCAGGAGACAGCAGGGACGAUGAUGACCCACUUGAUAGCAAGGAAUGUGAUGAUGAGGAAGAGCUAGAGUGGGAAUCCGACGACGAUGAUGACACCUUGGAGGAUGCUGACGACGACGAUGAGGAAACAGACUCAAAGAAAGAUAAGAGAAGAGGAGAUGAGAACAUAGAGGAAGAUGAAAAUGACACGGCCAGCGAGGAGCAGACACAAGCAGAGACAUCAUUACCAGGCACAAGCACCAUUCUGACCGACACCAGCUUCAAGUGCUUGGAGGGCAAGGUGUCGGACCUGACUCUGAAAGGCAUCCAGGACAUGGGCUUCACCCAUAUGACAGAGAUCCAGCACAGGUCCAUUCCCUACCUCCUUGAUGGCAGGGACUUGCUUGCAGCAGCCAAGACUGGUAGUGGUAAGACCUUGGCGUUUCUCAUCCCAGCCAUUGAGCUCAUCUAUAAACUCAAGUUCAUGCCUCGAAAUGGUACGGGGGUCAUCAUCCUGUCUCCGACCCGAGAGCUGGCCAUGCAGACCUACAGCGUCCUGAAGGACUUGCUCAAGCACCACUACCACACCUUUGGCCUGGUCAUGGGAGGUACCUGCCGCACGGCUGAGGCCAAGAAGUUGGCCAAAGGGGUCAAUGUGUUGGUAGCCACUCCGGGGAGAUUGCUAGAUCACUUACAGAACACUGAGUCAUUCAUGUACAAGAAUCUCCAGUGUCUGGUUAUCGAUGAGGCGGAUCGUAUUCUCGAGGUGGGCUUUGAGCCAGAGAUGAAGCAAAUCAUUCGGUUGCUUCCAAAGAGACGUCAAACGAUGCUGUUCUCUGCCACCCAGACCAGAAAGACUGAAGACCUAGCGAGGAUAUCCCUGAAGAAGGAGCCCAUAUAUGUUGGUGUUGACGACAACAAAGUAACGGCUACAGUAGAGGGCUUAGAACAGGGUUACGUGGUGUGUCCUUCAGAGAAGCGUUUCCUUCUCCUCUUCACUUUUUUGAAGAAGAAUCGUAACAAGAAGCUGAUGGUCUUCUUUUCCUCCUGCAUGUCGGUCAAGUACCACAGUGAACUGCUCAACUACAUCGACCUGCCCGUCAUGGCCAUACACGGCAAACAGAAACAGACCAAGCGAACGCAGACCUUCUUCAAGUUCUGCAACGCGGAGAAAGGCAUCUUGCUCUGCACCGAUGUGGCUGCGAGGGGCUUGGAUAUACCGGAGGUGGACUGGAUCGUGCAGUACGACCCGCCAGACGAUCCCAAGGAAUACAUCCAUCGAGUGGGCCGCACAGCCAGGGGGUUAGAAGGCAGAGGUCACGCCCUCCUGAUCCUGCGACCCCAGGAGCUGGGUUUUCUGAGGUACCUGAAGCAGGCCCGAGUGCCGCUUAGUGAAUUUGAGUUUUCCUGGACCAAGAUCGCUGAUAUACAGUCGCAGCUCGAGAAGUUGAUUGAGAAGAACUACUACCUCCACCGAUCGGCUCAGGAGGCCUACAAGGGCUAUGUACGGGCCUAUGACUCGCACAGCCUCAAGCAGAUCUACGACAUCAACACCUUGGAUCUGAAGAAAGUUGCUAGGUCCUUUGGGUUUAAGGUUCCACCGGGCGUCGACCUCAGUAUCCACGCGAGCAAGAAAGCCCAGAAGAAGAGGACUGGUUUCACUCCAGCUCAGCUGAGCCAAAAGAUGGCCCAGAAGACCAAGAUCUACAAGCACAUCAGCAACAGCAAAGAUAAACGCCAGUUUGCUAGAUAGGAGAGAGGAGAUCGGAGAGAAGGAAUGGAGGGGGGGGCAUGGGCAGAUCGUGGUUACCUGGCUUGGACUACAGACACAUAAUAGCCGGCAGUCACUGAAUCCAUCCCCUGCCUGUUACAAUCCAGGACAUCCAAGUUUAGUCAAGUUUGUCUGGUGUACCGAUGUUUUAGUUUGUAUCAGAAUGGUUUUGCUUGUAAUAAAUGAAUUUUGAAGGUUUACUUAGAAUUUGAGACUUGCAAGUACCUUCAACUUCAAAGAGCCGGUAAGCAAAAAUAAUAUUGCCAAGCAACUUUACACGCUUAGCAGAGUUCAACUGGGAGCCAGUGGUAAGUAAUAUUUACCUUGUGGCAUUUUGGCUGGUAACCUGUUCUUACUCGGCAGAUAUUUUCUGCCUGUAACAAAAAAUUGGACUCAUACACUCCAUAUAAUCGGACUCGUUGCGUAGCAGGAAAGGCCAUGCUGUGUAAUUCCCAAUGAUGACCGAAAACUUGGUAAAACUACAAUCAUAUUCUUUUGUCAUCUUAUUAAAAAUCGGAGAUAAUUUUUAAAGAA